CACUGGAGUUUAGUUUAACACUGGCUGCCCUGCACUACAGGAGAGAGAACGGGAGGGAGAGAGAGGGACAGCAAAGGGGUGAAACUGGCGUGGCUCUGGACAUGCCAGUCCUACAGCAAUGACUCAGCCGUCACCCACUGGACAUACACUGGAUUUACACUGGACUUACACUGGAUUUGAUCUUUGGUGCUUUCUUCUUACCUAAAUGUUGUCACUGGAUAAGAUGCACUCCCGAGCCAAGUCCAGGAGCUGUGACAACUACCUGAGCAUUAAGGACUCUGAGUCCCUGGACAGUUGUAUCCAGAGCACCCUGUCUGCACUGUACCCUCCAUUCAGUGCCACCGCGUCCACCGUCCUGUGGCAGCUGUUCAGCGUGGUGGAGAGACAGUACCGUGGGGACGGACUCCGAUGCCUCAUCGACUUCUUACUUCCUGCCAAGAGGAUCCUGCAGAGCAUCCAACAAGAGACUUGUGUGCGUUUCCACGGCCGGCUGUUCUAUCAUGAGGGUUGGCCCUUCUGCAUCAACGAGAAGGUGGUCUUACAGCUCGCCCCGCUCCAUAAGGUCCGUCUGAAGCAGGGAGACUUCUACCUACAGGUGGUUCCUCUGGGCCGCAAGGCUGCCAAGCUGGUCAUAAAAUGUCUGUCGGCCAGUGGCCAGGCCAUCGCAGAGAUCCCCAUCCCGGAGAGCAUGUACGGCAGUGUCUUCACCGCUGACUUCCUGCAGAAUGUGACGCGCGAGCGCAACCUCCAUCCGCUGCAGAACUGGUUGCUCACCACCGGCACCGUCGUGUUCCGGACGCCGUGGAAGAACGUGGUGAAUCCUCUGUUCGUCAGCAGCACGGCAGACACCAUCAUGCAGACGCGGGGCGACAGCACGGGCUUCCGUGGCCAGCUCAGCGCCUGCAGUACCAGUGGAUCCACAGGGACCCUGGACUCCCACCGCAGCUCCCACGAAUCACUACACUCCCAGGGGGCAGACUCUACCUUCUCAGAGCCUGCUAUCCUGAGCAGGCGGGUACAUGUAAUGGACCCCAGCAGCACUAGUUGCAGGUCCCAACAGGAUCCCAACCCGGGACUUCACCGGAUGGAGAGCCACAACCACAACCACAGCCUGAGAGCAGCUCUUGACUCUCACUCCUGCAGCCCACAGACAGACAGGCUGACUGGGGAGGGUGGUGGUGGUCCGGGGGAGGGCCAGUGGGAGGGGGAGGAGGGCCAUGGUGGGACCAGAGAGAGGACCAGGACCCUGUCGUUCAGCACCGACCUCAGUAACCCCAACCCUCGCCGGCCCCGCCACGCCAGGGACUCUGUGUCCUUCGAGACCCGGAGACUGUUCCGGAAGUCCUACAUGGAGGCCCUGCAGAAUCCCAUGAACCUGGGCUCUAGCUCUGAGUCCAUCCUGGAGGAGGGACCAGAGCACAGUCCUGCAUGCCCAGGUCUCAGCCCACUCAGCCCCAGAGAAGAUGCCUCAUCUCCAACUUCGACCCCUGGUACCAGCCCCUCCACCCCCACCACCCAGAGAGAGCAGGGGCUCCGUGGGCUCAGGCUAGGGGGGACCAGGGCAUGGCUGGGUGGAGACCCCGACUCCCCCCGACUCUCUCCCAGCAUGCCUCUCCUGUACCUCCAGAGGGGUCUGAGGAACGCUGGGGCCCUGGAGACCCGGGCUGAGAGGCGCUCCAAGUCUCUGGAGAGGACUAACAAGGCAGCCCAGGUCAAAGGGCACCGGGCGCGCUCCUCCUCCGGGGGCUCGGCCAGCAGUGGAGUCUUCUCACCAAAGAAACUGAUGAACGGAUAUGCCCUGCGCUUCGGACGGCUGGACCUGGAGGCUGCCUUCUCCAGCUCAGACAGGAGGAGCAGUGUUAGAGAGGAGACAGCGAUCCAUGAAGUUGGCACCAGCACUAAUCCCAUGCGGCAUAGUCAGGAUGGAGCACAGUCACACCAUCACCCCCCCAAACCUUUGAAUGAAGUCCUCAUCCAGCUGGCCCCAGCUCCAGGGUCACCCCCUAACUGUCACCUCCCCAACCUGGUGUCAGAGGUCAACCCAGAACUACUGGCCUCUGGGGCCAUCAUCUUACCUGGUAACAGAGACCUCAGCAGAUUUGGGCGGGGGCGGUGCUGCAGGUGUGCACGCGGGGAGCUGGUGUGGGCUGGGGAGAGCUGCACGGCCAAAGACCUCACCUGUCUCCUGGGUUACUACUAUACAACGCUCAGGAGCGAGAGGCGUGACCAAGGCCUUACGGUGCUAGUGGACACCAGGAGACAGCAGCCCAGUCCUGCUCUGUUCUCGUCUCUGUCUGGACUGCAGGCUUUAUUACCAAAUGCACUUUACUCCGUCCUGCUACUUGUGGACAAGGAGACAACUAUCAAGCCUGAAAGAGACAUUACUACUGUGCAGACGGAGCUCCUGACGUCCCUGAAGGCUCUGUUGAAGCACAUAGACUCCAGUCAGCUCACUAGAGAACUGGACGGAACAUUCCCCUACGACCACGAUCACUGGGUCGCCUUCAGACAGAAAAUUGAGCCGUUUGCCAGCAGUUGCAGCGUGGCUCUCUCCUCCCUCCAAUCUUCUAUCUCUACGUUGAGCAGCACCAGCAACCUGGACAGCACCAAGGAGGUAUCUGAGGUGCUGGAGCAGCAGAGGUCUCUGAUGAAGUGUGUGUUGGAGGACACCCGUCUGAACAGACUGAGGCUGGAGGGAGGAACAGUCCUGGCCCGGAUCAGGAAGGACGAGGCCUGUGAGAAUGACAACUACAGGGAUGCAGUGGACAUGGUGAAUGUCCUUUAUAACCAGGUGGAUGAGGAGGUCCAUAAACUGGUGAUCCUCUCCAACAAGUCCCUGAAACAGCUGGAGAGUCUGCUGGAGGUCCGCAGGUUUGAGGAACAGACAGAGCAGGUCAAAGUAUGGUUCAGUGUGGAAGGAGAGAAGCACCUCACUGCCCUGGACUCUCUUCCUCUCUCUCUGGCUGCAGUCAAAGACAUGAGGCAGAGUUUGGAACAGUUCUUUGAGGAGUCAGUACAGCAGCAGAAGCAGGGUUUACUGCUGGUCAGGCAGUCAGGGGAGUCUCUGCCCAGCUCGGCCUUGCUGGACUUCAAACAACACCUGGGAUCCAUCCUGGGCAGAGUGGAGAGGAGGAAGAACCAGCUAGACAUCCUCACCAACCUCUACGAGUUCUACGGCUCGGCUAACCAGUGGAUGGAGCACUGCCAGGACUACCUCCGGCAGCUGAACCUGGAGAGCAGUGGUGUGAGCCUCCCUCCUGCAGUACUUGAGAUCCUCCAGGACUAUCAGAUGGAGGCCUCCACGUUCUCCCUGGACAACUUCAGCUCCCUCAAUGAUAUGGUCCUGUCCUUGGACAGCCCCCGGCAGACCCAUCAGUGGAACGUCCUGUGGACCAAGUGUCAACAGACCAAGAACCAGCUGGAGAAAACCCUGGCCCAGGCCACAGCAGCAGUUACAGCAGCUUCUGACUCUGCAGCUUCUGACUCUGCAGCCUCUAACUCUGCAGCCUCUAACUCUGCAGCCUCUAACUCUGCAGCCUCUAACUCUGCAGCCUCUAACUCUGCAGCCUCUAACUCUGCAGCCUCUGACUCUGCAGCCUCUAACUCUGCAGCCUCUAACUCUGCAGCCUCUAACUCUGCAGCCUCUAACUCUGCAGCCUCUGACUCUGCAGCCUCUGACUCUGCAGCCUCUGACUCUGCAGCCUCUGACUCUGCAGCCUCUAACUCUGCAGCCUCUGACUCUGCAGCCUCUAACUCUGCAGCCUCUAACUCUGCAGCCUCUAACUCUGUAGCCUCUGACUCUGCAGCCUCUAACUCUGCAGCCUCUGACUCUGCAGCCUCUAACUCUGCAGCCUCUGACUCUGCAGCCAGAAAUCUAACCAAAGACCCUUCAGAGACUGCAGACAGACAGGGGAACUGCACUCACACAGAGCAGCACGGGGCUGUUGGAGGGGAUCGUGUUUUACCUGAGUUGCCCACUCUAGGGUCAAGGAUCAUAGUGUCGUCGCUGGAGUUUGAGGAAGAAACCAAGCCUCACUCCACAGGGCACUUCUCCUCCAACAACAACAAGAGCCCCUCUUCCUGCUCCUUCACCUCCUCCUCCCUCUUCCCCUUCCCCCCCGCCCCAGAGGGAGACCCCCCCUCCUCAAGCUGCGGCAGAGCCCCUCUCUGUUCGACGACACGGACAGCGACUGCACCAUCGACUCCAUGGGGGCCGCCUCCUGCCACUCGGAGCCUGUAUUCGUCCUCUGGGACGCCACUCCACCAGCACCGCCAGCACCGCAAACAGCCGCUCAAGAAGAUCAUGAAGAAGACGCUGGGCUAUGAGCUGCCGGCGGCGCAGGACGGUGGCCACGUUGACACCAGCCACCUGCAUGGCUACACGGGGGUGUACAUCAAGGGCCUGGAGGUGACCAACAACGUGUUGGUGGAGAAGAAGCUGCAGAGGCCUGACGUGGUGAGCCCGGCGCUGGGACGCAGCCGCAGCAUGUCCUCCCCCACCAGACACCCAGAGGGAGAUGGAAAGAAGCAUAGCAGUAAAGUGCAGCACAUCAUGGCUGAGAUGAUCUCCACAGAGAGGGAGUAUGUGCGUUCCCUCAUCUACGUCAUCGAGCACUACUUCCCAGAGAUGGAGCGUCUGGACCUGCCUCAGGACCUCUGGGGGAAACGCAGCAUUAUCUUUGGCAACAUGGAGAAACUGUGUAACUUCCACUGCCAGUACUUCCUGAAAGAGCUGGAGGCCUCCGCCCACUCUCCCCUGUCCAUCAGCAGCUGCUUCCUCAGACACGAGGAUCAGUUUGGAAUGUCGUCAGAGUGGAGGAUCAGUUUGGAAUGUCGCUCUCACAGUGGAACAAGCCUGUGUCAGGAGGCUUUGACUGUCACCAGCCAGUGGAAUGGAUUCCUUUGCAGGAGGAUCAGUUUGACUGUCCUCAGAGUGAACAAGCAGUUGGAUCUGGGUGAUAAGAUGGACCUGAACAAGCAGUUGGAUCUGGGUGAUAAGAUGGACCUGGUGUCCUACCUGUCUCUAACCUCUCUGUCUUCCCAGAACAAGCAGUUGGAGCUGGGUGAUAAGAUGGACCUGGCGUCCUACCUGCUGAAGCCCAUCCAGAGGAUGUCUAAGUACGCCCUGCUGCUGAAGGACCUGAUCAAGGAGUGUGGUCAGUCCCAGGAACAGGAGCUCUCUGACCUCCGCACCGCAGAGGAGAUGGUUAAGUUCCAGCUGCGCCACGGCAACGACCUGCUGGCCAUGGACGCCAUCCGAGGAUGUGAUGUGAACCUGAAGGAACAGGGUCAGCUGAGGUGUCAGGAUGAGUUCAUCGUGUGGUGCGGCCGCAGGAAGUACCUCCGUCACGUCUUCCUGUUCGAGGACCUCAUCCUCUUCAGCAAAAGCAAAAAGAUUGAGGAGGGGGUUCUCCACAAUGGAGCGCUACACCACUAUGUUUUCUCCACAAUGGAGGCGUACACGACACUAUGUUUCGAGAUCUGGUUCCGGAGGAGGAAGUCCCAGGACACGUUCAUCCUGCAGGCCGGCUCUGGAGAGGUCAAGGCCGUGUGGACAGCCAUCAUCGGAAAGAUCCUCUGGAGGCAGGCGCUACGAAACAGGGAGGUGCGCUUGAAAGAGAUGGUUUCCAUGGGGAUUGGCAGCAAGCCUUUCAUGGACAUCAAGCCUAGUGAUGCUGCCAUUAGUGACCGAGCCAUUGAUUACAUCAUGAAGGGGUCAGAGUCCAGGACCAGGGCGUCCAUCGCGGUGUCCUCCUUCGACCACUCCACGCCCUUUAAGCGGCCUCACUCCACCAUCUCCAACAGUAGCACCUCCUCUUCCUCCUCCCAGUCCUCUUCCUCACUGCUGGGCUCCCUCAACCUGCACCUGUACCCCUCGCCUGCUCACCAGCACCCCCACGCCCACCAGCACCCCUACCCCCUGGGCAGCGUACCCUCCUUCAGCCACUGGCCCUACGACUGCAUUGAGGAGGACGAGCUGGAGCAGGACACGGGUAGCCAGCCUUCUAUGAUCACAGAGAGCUCGGGGGAGACAUCGUCCCAGUGUACCUCCAGUGACAGUGUGACGGGGCUGAGCAGCCUCUCCCUCCCCAUCCCAGGCCACGGCCGCCCCAACAUCAUCAUCGACGCCUUACCCAGCAACUCCACUUCCUCCUUCCUGUGUUCGUCCACACCUCCCGGCUCCUCCCACCCUCAGAUGGCCCCUCCCCCAGCCCUGUUCCCUAAAGACCAGGUCCCCCAAGCCCAGGGCAGCACCUUCAUCACAGCAAGCAAGACCUCUCAUAUUACAAUAGGCCUCUCUACAGUGGUCUGACCCACAGAGCGAGAGGGCUGUUUAGCUCACUAUGAUGCCACUGCACUGAGAACUGGUGUUACGGAGGAUCAGUAAGGACUUGAGUGAGGAAGCUAUCCUGUUAAGCAUGCUCAGUGACGCCUGUAACACUGGGCACUCUACUGUGUCUCUACUGGACUCUACUGUGUCUCUACUGGACUCUACUGUGUCUCUACUGGACUCUACUGUGUCUCUACUGGUCUCUAAUGUGUCUCUACUGGACUCUACUGUGUCUCUACUGGAUUCUACUGUGUUUCUACUGGUCUCUAAUGUGUCUCUACUGGACUCUACUGUGUCUCUAUUGGACUCUACUGUGUCUCUACUGGAUUCUACUGUGUCUCUACUGGUCUCUAAUGUGUCUCUACUGGACUCUACUGUGUCUCUAUUGGACUCUACUGGUCUCUACUGGACUCUACUGUGUCUCUACUGGACUAUACUGGACUACUGGUCUCCACUCUGUCUCCACUGGACUCUACUGUGUCUCUACUGGACUCUACUGGACUCUACUGUGUCUCUAUUGGACUCUACUGGUCUCUACUGGACUCUACUGUGUCUCUACUGGACUCUACUGUGUCUCCACUGGACUCUACUGGACUCUACUGUGUAUCUACUUGUCUCUACUGUGUAUCCACUGGACUCUACUGGACUACUGGUCUCCACUGGUCUCCACUCUGUCUCCACUGGACUCCACUGGACUCUACUGGUAUCUACUGGUCUCUACUGGACUCUACUGGACUCUUGACUGGACUCUACUGUGUCUCUACUGGAGUCUACUGGACUCUUGACUGGACUCUACUGUGUCUCUACUGUGUCUCUACUGGUCUCUACUGGACUCUACUGGUCUCUACUGGUCUCUACUGGUCUCUACUGGUCUCCACUGGACUCUUGACUGGACUCUACUGGAUUCUGAAAACAGACACAUAACAGACCACUAUGACAACAGGCACAUAACAGACCACUCUGACAACAGACACACAACAGACCACUCUGACAACAGACACAUACCAGAACACUCUGACAACAGACACACAACAGACCACUCUGACAACAGACACAUACCAGACCACUCUGACAACAGACACACAACAGACCGCUCUGACAGCAGACACAUACCAGACCACUCUGACAACAGACACACAACAGACCGCUCUGACAGCAGACACACAACAGACCACUCUGACAACAAACACAUACCAGACCACACUGACAACAGACACACAACAGACCCCUCUGACAACAGACACACAACAGACCACUCUGACAACAGACACACAACAGACCACUCUGACAACAGACACAUACCAGACCACUCUGACAACAGAGACACAACAGACCACUCUGACAACAGACACACAACAGACCACUCUGACAACAGACACACAACAGACCACUCUGACAACAGACACAUAACAGACCACUCUGACAACAGACACACAACAGACCGCUCUGACAACAGACACACAACAGACCACUCUGACAACAAACACAUACCAGACCACUCUGACAACAGACACAUAACAGACCACUCUGACAACAGACACACAACAGACCACUCUGACAACAGACACACAACAGACCACUCUGACAACAGACACACAACAGACCACUCUGACAACAGACACAUAACAGACCACUCUGACAACAGACCACUCUGACAACAACAGACCACUCUGACAGCAACAGACCACUCUGACAGCAGACACACAACAGACCACUCUGACAACAGACACAUAACAGACCACUCUGACAACAGACACACAACUGACCACUCUGACAACAACAGACACACAACAGACCACUCUGACAACAGACACACAACAGACCACUCUGACAACAGACACUCUGACAACAACAGACCACUCUGACAACAACAGACCACUCUGACAGCAACAGACCACUCUGACAACAGACACUCUGACAACAACAGACCACUCUGACAACAGACACUCUGACAACAACAGACCACUCUGACAGAAACAGACCACUCUGACAACAGACCACUCUGACAACAACAGACCACUCUGACAACAACAGACCACUCUGACAACAACAGACCACUCUGACAGCAACAUACCUCUCUGACAACAGACACUCUGACAACAACAGACCACUCUGACAGCAACAUACCUCUCUGACAACAGACACAUACCAGACCACUCUGACUGCAACAGACCACUCUGACAGCAACAGACCACUCUGACAGCAACAGACACUCACCGUUGAGACCGAUGGCCUUUGGCAUUUCAUAACGAUGUAUUGAACAUGUGACAUUGCUAUGUAUGCAGUACUUAAAGAAAUAGUUUCACCAA